AUGGAGUCUAUCUUUACUCUGUUACAUGUAAUAAUGGCCAUUAUCAGUUUUUCCAGAGGUAAUGGGACUACUUGUAUACUGCAAGGAGAGCCAACAUAUCCACAGCUGCAGAAGAAUGGCGAUAUUAUAGUGGGUGGAAUGUUUCCAUUUCAUAGUUAUUGGGAUAGCAUAGACUUGUCGUAUGUAUUCAAGCCAGCACCGAUAAAGUGCACGAGUCUUGAUUUUAGAGCUUUCCAGUAUUCACAGUCCCUGAUUUAUGCAGUAGAGGAGAUCAACAACAAUUCCUCCUUACUGCCUGGAGUCUCACUGGGCUACAAGAUCUAUGACACCUGUAGCUCAACAACAAUAGGGGUUCGAGUGGCCAUGACGCUUAUUAAUGAAAAUGAAAACUCAAACCUCGAAGAGCUUUGUGCAAAACCAGCCCAGGUACAGGCCAUAAUAGGAGAAACUUAUUCUUCAGUGUCCAUGGCUAUUGCGAAGAGUAUCGGACCCUUCAGCAUUCCCUUAAUCAGUCACUAUUCCACAUGUGAGUGUCUCAGUGACAAAAGCAAAUAUCCCUCAUUUCUCCGCACUGUGCCCAGCGAUUACUACCAAAGCAGAGCGCUAGCAGAGAUGGUCAAGUUUUUUGGUUGGACCUGGGUUGGAGCAAUAAGAAGUGAUGAUGACUAUGGUAAGAACGGCAUGGCUACGUUUACUGAAGCAGCAGAGCAGUUGGGCAUCUGCUUAGAAUACUCCCUUCCGUUUUUUAGAACGUACUCACAUGAAAAAGUGCUGAGAAUUAUUGAACAGAUUAAAAGCUCCACGUCCCGGGUGAUAGUGGGAUUUCUUGACAGCUGGGACAUGGAAACCCUGCUGCCUCUGUUUCUCGAGCACAACGUCACUGGAUACCAGUGGGUAGGAACUGAGGCUUGGAUUUCUGAAUCAGAACUGGCCACAAUGGAUAAACACCACAUACUUGGAGGAGCCAUAGGGCUAUCUAUACCACACACAAAAGUGACCGGGCUGAAAGAGUUCAUUCUAGAUGUACAUUCACUGAAAUCUGCAGCGGGUUCCAUUUUUACUGAGUUCUGGGAAACUCUGUUCAAUUGUAAAUAUUCAAUGCAGAAUGAUUCGGAGGACUUCAGAUCAGUCUGUACCGGCAAAGAGAGACUAUCUGAUGUGGAAAACACCUUUACGGACAUGACCCUGAUGCCAAUCUUUAGUAAUGUGUAUAAAGGGGUGUAUGCCAUUGCCCAUACCUUACAUAAAGUUCUUGGUUGCGAGGAAACCUGUCCUACAAAGAACCAGCCUGAUCCUUUUACAUUUCUGGAGCACCUCAGAAAAGUGCAUUUUAAAACCAGGGACGGUGAGGAAGUAUAUUUUGAUAAGAACGGCGACCCUGUUGCAAAGUACGAAAUAAUAAACUGGCAUUUAAAUAAGGACCAGAAACAUGAAUUUGUCACAGUUGGAAUUUAUGACUCCUCUAAACCUGGUGACGAUCGAUUGGUGGUAAACACACAAUCUAUUAUGUGGGCUCUAAAUACUAAUCAGGUUCCAGUAUCUGUGUGCAGUGAGAGCUGCCCUCCUGGCAUGAGAAAAGCUGUACAGAAAGGAAAACCGAUCUGCUGCUUUGACUGUAUACCAUGUGCUGAGGGAGAGAUCAGUAAUAUAACAGAUUCUAUUGAAUGUGAACAAUGCUUUCAAGACUUCUGGUCAAAUUCACAGAGGAAUGAAUGCAUAAGGAAGGAAAUUGAGUAUUUGUCCUAUAAGGAAACUAUGGGAAUUUUGCUAACAACGGUUUCCAUUAUUGGUGCGUUCAUGACAAUGGUAAUAGCAGUUAUAUUUUUUAGACAUAAAAAUACCCCCAUUGUGAGGGCCAACAACUCUGAGCUGAGCUUCCUGCUGCUCUUCUCUCUGACUCUGUGUUUCCUCUGUUCACUUACUUUCAUCGGUCAGCCCUCGGAGUGGUCCUGCAUGCUGCGCCACACAGCGUUCGGGAUCACCUUCGUCCUCUGCAUCUCCUGUGUUCUGGGGAAAACGGUAGUCGUUUUGAUGGCGUUUAGGGCGUCACUUCCGGGCAGUAACAUCAUGAAAUGGUUUGGGCCUCCACAGCAGAGACUCAGUGUUCUUGCUUUUACUUUAAUACAGGUUAUUAUUUGUGUGUGUUGGUUAAUAAUAUCUCCUCCUUUUCCCUUCAAAAAUUUAAAAUACUUUAAAGAAAAAAUUAUUUUAGAAUGCCACCUUGGCUCAAGCGUGGGUUUCUGGGCUGUUCUGGGUUAUAUCGGGAUUUUGGCUCUUCUGUGUUUUGUUUCGGCUUUUUUAGCUAGAAAACUUCCUGAUAAUUUUAAUGAAGCUAAAUUUAUCACCUUCAGCAUGUUGAUAUUCUGUGCAGUUUGGAUCACUUUUAUUCCAGCGUAUGUCAGUUCACCUGGUAAAUUUACUGUAGCUGUGGAGAUUUUUGCUAUUCUGGCCUCAAGUUUUGGUUUGUUGUUCUGUAUUUUCCUUCCUAAAUGUUACAUAAUCAUCCUGAAACCUGAGAAGAACACCAAAAAACAGAUGAUGGGAAAAUGA